AUGAUUGGAUGCGUAUCUGGCCUGUACAAUGACUUGCUAUGGCCUGCCGAUGUAUCAACCCAGUGCUGCUAUCCUCCUGGGAAUUCGGAAUGGGCAUCACGGAAGUCGCCAUGUUCGAACGAGAAGAGACCACGACCAUGGACGACGAUUGUGCGAGAGGAACGAAAAGGUGUUGCGCUGGAGCCUGCCGCCACCAGUGGUGACGGGUCCUCCAAGUAUCUAAAAACUGGUAGGAGAAUUCAUCAUGCACCAUCCCAAUGGACGAUAUUAUGCGCACCUCACCGUGUCUCCAAUCCUUCGUCAACACUAGCACGACGAAGCCUGUGGGAGUCAUCCGACAUGAAGAUAGUGGAUGGCAACUUCUAA